ACUGUGAUGGCCCAGCCGACGAGCAGUGCCCCACAUGGCGAGAAACGGCCAGGAGAGGGGCACCAAGAGGCAUGGUAGUGGAAGGGCGAUACUAUCCCAGGUGCUAUCAAUCUCGCAGGCAAUCAGGAGCCUGUUUUAAACCUCCCUCCCAGGAGACACAAAGGAGAAGGAAGCAAGCGGAACGCAAGGAGAGGGAGACCCAGGGAUAUUGCACAGCGAAGGAAACUAACCCUUUGUAUUCUCUCUCCUGCACCAGGAGGAAUCCGCAGAAGCUCGGACGUCCCUGGCCACCCCGACCCCGUGGCAUACCCCGUGAGGUCGGGCGCCCACAUAUGGUGGAGGAUGCGGGCGUGUCGAUUCGUCGCGACCAGUGGAUGUACGGAGGUUGAGUAGAGCACAUCGAUGGAAGGGAUUUUGGAAGCCGUUCUGACCUCGCAAGCCAACCUGCAGGCAGCAGUACUAGAGCUGUGUCGAGCAACAGGAAGACCGAAAGAGCGGAUGCCAAAAGAGGUGCUGACUAAGCUGACGGCCGAUGAUGACGUCGAGACCUAUAUUGCCCUAUUUGAACGGGCCGCAACGAGAGAGAAAUGGCCAAGAACCGAGUGGGCAAACAACCUUAUGCCUUUUUUGACCGGCGAAGCUCAGAAAGCCUGUCGAGACCUUUCGGCGGCAGACGCCGUAGAUUACGAUAAGGUAAAGACUGUAAUCCUAGCUCAAUAUGGACUUAGUCUCCCCGCCAAGGCACCGCGAGUGCAUGACUGGAGCUACGAUCCCGCUCUCCCUGUCCGGGCACAGGUGAUGGGGCUAGUCCGUCAUACCAGGAGCUGGCUGGAAGAAGCAGAAGGGCCGCCCCUAGUGGAUAGAGUGGUGAUUGACCGGUGUGUACGAAGCCUACCCAUUGACACCAAAAGGUAUGUCGCCCAGCAGGGGCCUCUCAGUGUGGACACCUUAAUAGCCUUGUUAGAAAAUCACCGAGUGAUGGCUAGUCUGAUACGGUCAGAAAACAACAAACCUAACAAUCCUAGAGCCAAGGCAGAGAGAGAAAUGGUAGGAAAAGCUGUCAGUCUCCCACCACUCCGACCACCCUCUGGAGGGACCGGGCCGGCGACAAGACGACCCCAGUGGCCUCCUUUAACCCUGCGAUGUUUUUCUUGUGGCAGAGAGGGCCACCUAGCCAGGGAGUGUCCGGAUCGGGAUGAACCAAUGCCGACAGCCGGAUCCACUGAUAGCAAAGGCCUCCCCUGCCACCACCUCACCACCUGUUGGGCCCAUGAGGGAGCCCCGGCCCCAAAGUUUCCAGUGAAGAUCGCUGGGAAAGAUACAGAGGCACUCUUAGACUCCGGAAGUAUGGUCUCACUCGUCCGACCGCAAUUCGCCAGUGCGCCCUGGGGUGACGAGGUGGCGGUGUCAUGCAUCCAUGGGGACACACGCAAAUAUCCAACCUCCAAAAUCAAUGUGAUCACUCCUGGAGGACGCUUCACUCUGCAGGUGGGGGUCGUCGAGCAGCUACCGGUCCCCGUGCUUUUCGGCCGAGACAGCCCGCUGUUCUCCCGAUACUGGCCAGCGGAGGCGAGGAACCCGAGACGGAGAACAAGAAAACAACCGGUGAAGAGAGAAAGACCCGCCGCGGCUCGCCCCGCCUGGGCGGUGGUAUCCCCCGAUGGCAGCCUCCAGUGAGGACGAGGGGGGGGCUGUCCACAACCAAACCACAGCAACUGACCCCGAACGGGCAGCGGAGGUGCAGCCCCUGGAAGACAUACAAUCAGACGAGGUAUUCUCUCAAUUUCCGGAGGUUGAGGGAGAAGGGGAGCCCAGGCCAGGACAAUUCGGCUCAGCCCAGCUGCGGGAUCCCAACCUGACCCAAGCCUGGAGAGACGUCCAAGUGAUUGAGGGUCAAAGGCAGGCUGGGGUGAGUCAAGUGUCAUUUCCACAUUUCAUGAUUAAGGAUAAGCUGUUA